GUCACACAUAAAAGGAACCCGAUCCACAUUCUCUCUGCAUAUAAAUCAAUUCAUUAUUCUUCUCUCUUUUCUCUCCAACUUGUUAUUCUUAUCCCCUCUUCUCUUCGUAUCAACACACGCAUCGCAUUCUCUCUCCCAAAACCCUCGCCGCCGUCGCAAUGGAGAACAAGAAGCUCCACCCUCGCUUCUCGCUCGGCCGCCAAUCCUCCCUCGCGCCGGACCGCGCCGCCGCCGCCCCCGCGUCGGAGGUGCUGGACCCGGCGGUCCGGCUGAUGUAUCUCGCCAACGAAGGCGACCUGGACGGGAUUAAGGAGCUCUUGGACGCAGGCAGCGACGUCAAUUUCACCGACAUUGACGGCCGCACCGCGCUCCACGUCGCCGCCUGCCAGGGCCGCACCGACGUCGUGGAUUUGCUGCUCCGGCAAGGCGCACACGUCGAUCCCCGAGACUGCUGGGGCAGCACGCCACUGGCCGAUGCGUUGUACUACAAGAAUCACGACGUUGUGAAGCUUUUGGAGAAACACGGUGCAAAACCCCCGAUGGCUCCCAUGCAUGUGCAGAAUGCUCGCGAAGUCCCUGAGUAUGAGAUUCAUCCUUCUGAGCUUGAUUUUACUAAUAGCGUUUGCAUAACAAAGGGAACUUUCCGGAUUGCUUUAUGGCGCGGAACUCAGGUUGCCGUCAAGACACUUGGGGAGGAAUUGUUCACUGAUGAUGAUAAAGUAAAGGCAUUUCAUGAUGAGCUUACAUUACUCCAGAAAAUAAGGCAUCCAAAUGUGGUACAGUUUUUGGGCGCUGUAACUCAAAGCACCCCGAUGAUGAUUGUCACAGAAUAUCUACCCCAGGGGGAUCUCCGUGCCUACUUGAAGCGGAAAGGUGCAUUAAAACCAAUAACAGCUGUAAAGUUUGCACUUGAUAUUGCUAGGGGUAUGAACUAUUUGCAUGAACAUAAGCCAGAAGCCAUAAUACACCGAGAUCUUGAGCCUUCAAAUAUACUGCGGGAUGAUUCUGGGCAUCUGAAAGUUGCAGACUUUGGAGUUAGCAAGUUGCUUAAAGUUGCUAAAACAGUCAAAGAAGACAAACCCGUGACAUGCCUGGAUACAUCAUGGCGUUAUGUAGCUCCAGAGGUGUAUAGAAAUGAGGAGUAUGACACAAAAGUGGAUGUGUUUUCAUUUGCUCUCAUAUUACAGGAGAUGAUCGAAGGUUGUCCACCAUUUUAUGCUAAGCCAGAAAAUGAUGUUCCUACAGCAUAUGUUGAAAAUGAGCGUCCACCAUUUAGAGCUUUGCCAAAGCUUUAUGCUUAUGGACUAAAACAGUUAAUCGAGGAAUGCUGGGAUGAACUACCAUACAGAAGACCAACAUUUAGGGAAAUAAUUAGGAGAUUGGAAGACAUCAGCUACCAUCUUGCUCAAAAGAGGCACUGGAAGAUUCGGGCUCCUGCAUGCAUCCAGAACCUGGAGACCCUGUUUAGGGGUAAUGGCACAAGCCCAAGUAGCCGAUCAUCUCGCUCUACGAACAGAUAAAUAUUUGCCAUCAAGAUUCUUGCAAGAUUUUCGAUCAUGCACUUUCAAGAAAAGAAAAGAAAAAAAAUUGUAGUUUCCAAUAUUCCAUAUAUAGCUUUCUGUAAAUAGCUUGCUUUCUUUUGACGUGCGGUUGGAUAAAUUUUAAAAAGAAUGUGACAUACCCUUCUGUGUACUUUUGCCCAGAGUUAUUCUUUCUAGCUUGUAAUAAAUAAAAAAAAUAAUAGUUCUUUUCUAAGUUUAACGUUUUAGACAAAUUUUCAAAGCAGAUUUGCUAGCA